ACGCCUAAGAGACUCCGAGGAGGCGGAGCCGCGCGCGAACGGACGGUGGCCGCGUUGGGACCGCGCUCACCCGGCGCGAAAGCGUCCGCCGAGGCUCCCAGCGGGUCCCCCGGGCCGGCUGCGGGCUUCAGGCCGACGGAGAAAGCCGGGGCUCCGCCUGGACGGGAAGGGCGCCUGAUGGAGAGGAAGGGCCGCGGCAGUUCCAAGUCUCAAAAAGCACAGAAACCACAUAAAGAAUGUGUGAGCCAUCAGCCGAUGCCUUGUCACCCGAAGAGAAAUUUGGGGCAAAGUGGGAAUUGUCGGAUCUUAUAUCGUGUAAUGUAUACCUGGAACCGAGGUGGGAGGUUGAAAGAACUUCGUAUUAGGCACCUGGCAAGGAAAUUUUUUUACCUGUGGAAGAGGAAGACAUUUGGAAGAGUCCUGCCAUCCAAGGCCAGGGCCUAUUUUGUUCAGAAAACGCUGCAGAAAACCUUUGGAGAGUGGAAGGAGGAAUGGUGGGUUCUUUGCAGAGAAUGGAAGCUUACCGUCAGAGCUGACUGCCAUCACAGGUAUUUUCUCUACCACAAGGUCUUUCAGGCUUGGAGGUCCUACCUGCUCCAGCAACAAGCGAAGAAGCUCGCCUACCAUAUUGCAGCGGCCCAUGCAACCAAGCAGAAAACCUUCCGGAGUUGGCAGCGUUGGCUGAGCUACGUCCAGCUACGCAGGAUGAAGCAGCGGAUGGACUGGGAGGCCCUGCACUUCCGGCAGCAGAGCACCCUGCGGCUCUCUUGGGGAUUGUGGCAGAAGCAAUGGUGCCGGAGUCAGGUGUACCGUGGGAUGGAGUCCCAGGCCCUCCGGCAGUGGGCGCACAGUGUGCAACUUCGUGCCUGGCUGCAAUGGAAGGCCCUCGACACACAACUCCAGCGGGAAACGGCGGCAGCCAACUGGGCAGCGAGGUGCCUGCAGCACUGGACGAUGCGGCAGGGCUUGAAGUCCUGGCUCCAGUACGUGAACCAGCGGAGGGAGAAGCAGCGCAGGAGCAGGCUGGCUUUGCAGCACCAUCAUGCCCAGCUCCUCCGCUGGCACUUCUCAGCCUGGCGACUGGCAUGGAAACACAAGAAGCAGUCGGAGCACCUCGCCCAGCAGGCGGCUGGCACAGCUUUGCGAAGGGCUUUUGCCCAGUGGAAACUCUAUGUGGCGUUGUGUGCCGAAGAAGCAGAGCGUUACUGGCUGGCUCAAAGCCACCAUAAGCGUCGCCUGCUGAGUUGUGGGUUUCGUGCCUUGCGAAGGAACAUCCGGGAGGCUUCCCUCAAGCAAGUGAGAAGAAAUCUGGCUUGUCAGCAGCACCAGGUCACGCUCACAUCCAGGUUCUGGGCUUGCUGGAGGUCCCGUCUGGAGCAGAAGGAGGACGAGCAGCACCGCCUCCUGACCCUGGCAGCUGUUUCUCACCACAGCCGGAGGCUGCUGCAAAAAUCUCUGCGGAUCUGGAGACAGCGAACCUGCGGGGAAAGAUGGUGGAAGUUACAGCGUGCCAAAGCCGAGCAGCAUCGCCAGGCCGUGCUCUUGACUGCUGCCUUUCAGGCGUGGAAGCUGUUCAAGGAUCACCAGCUCUGGUGGAGGGAAAUGAACAGGGUGGCUGCCAGCUACCACAGGGAGACAUGGACCAGGCGAGUCUUUGCGCAGUGGCUGUUGAGGCAGCGCGAGCAACAGGAGGGACAGGCGGCAGAGAAGAUGGCAACGUUGUGCGCUGAAGAGCGAGUUUUGUCCCAGUUCUGGGGCCGGUGGCACAGGGCCACCCUGGCCUGCCUGGAAGAGCGAGAGGGUGCCUGCUUGGCCAAGGGGCAUCACCGGCAUCGGCUCCUUCGGGCCACUUUGCACCUCUGGAGGGAGAAUGUCUGGGAAAUGAAGAGAGGGCGGGCGAAGGUGGCAGUGGCAUCGUACUUCCAUUCUGAGAAGAUCCUGCGGUGUUCGUGGAGGAAGUGGCGGCAGUACCAGAUGCAGAAGUCUGAGAAGUGGAAGAAGAUGGCCCGAGCCGAGGGGCACUACCAGCAGGCCUUGCUGGGCAGGGUCAUGACGGCUUGGAAGGCAUACCAAAAAAGCAUCCAGGGCGUCCUUCACCAGGUGGCCCAGAAGGAGAGAGACCACAGGCGGGAGCUGCUACGGCAGGUGCUGCGAUCCUGGAAGGAAACCACGGCUGACCUCAGGCAGGAAGCAAAGGCAGCCAGGCUGGCCAGGCAUCAUCACAGGCGGGUCCUUCUCUCCAAGGUGUUGUUCCAGUGGAGGGAGGCAGCUGCGCUGCAGGCUGAUAGCCGAGAAAAGGUGGCUGUGGCUGUGAAGGAAGCCCAGAGGCACUUGCAGACAGGGAGGCUGCGAGGGCUGUUCCUUCGCUGGAGGGAGGCCUCUGCCAGCUCUUCCCAGCAGAGGGGGCAGCUCACCAUGGCAGCCGAGCACCACCGGAGGCAGUUGCUCAGCCGGUGCCUGGAGAGGUGGAAGCAAGAUCAUCUCAGCCGCCUCAGGGUCAUGCUCCUGCAGAGGCAAGGGGAGCAGCUGCUGGCCCGGAGACUUUCUGCAGCCGCCUUUACCUCCUGGAAGGUGCAGCUGGCGGACAGACGACAAGAGCAGCAGCAGACGGUGUGUGCCCUUUGGCACUGGUCCCGGGCCCUCCAGCAGAAGGUGCUGAGCGCCUGGGGAGGCUUCGUGCAGGAGCAGCUGCGGAAGAAGGGACGGAUGGCACGGGCGGCCGAGAGCUACCAGGUGGAGCUGCUGCGCGAGGGCAUCUGCCGCAUCCUGAGAUACGUGGCCGCCAUGAAGCGGCACCGAGAGUGCUUGCAAGCCCAGCAUCAGCUGCAGGCUGCCUGUCAGCGUCACCACUUGGUCUACCGCUGCGCCAUGAUGUGGAAGCAGAAGGCUCUUUCCCUGAAGCCCAGCCUGGCACUUUCAGGCGCUGCCACCAAGAAGCACGUGACUUUUGAGGUGCCAAGCCUGGGCCGUGCCCCUCCUGGCGUUCCCAGGGGACAGGCCAACCUUCCCGGUGUGCCAAGGGAUUACCAGGCUGCUGGAGAUUCCAUCCUCACAGAUUUGUAUGCAGCUCGCCAGGUGAGGCUGCAGCCUCGUAGACCUGAUUUCCUGAUUCCAUUUCCUGAGAAAAGGGGGCUACCGCAUGCAGGGAAGUGGCUGGAAAGCUCAGCUGGUUUUGUUCAGCCAACAGCGGCAGGCCCCCUCUUGCCUGCCUCCUCCAGCAUCGAUCCUCCAGCUUCCCCUUUCAGUGGUUCCGGUUACUCUUCUGGCUCCUUCCCCAAAUCUGGGCCAUUGCCCCCCAGGAGUCCUUGGCUUCACGGUCCCACCGGUGCUGCCCCAGAGCUACAGCCUCCCUCCUCCUUCACGCUGGGGACGACGAGGGCGAGUGUCGAGAAGCCUUCCCUCAGCCCUCCGGCUGCAGCCCCUGGCAAGGAGAGGCCAGCCGUGGUCUCGAGGGGGCCUUUGCUGGUACCCGAAGAUUUUAUGAGAAGGAGGAGGAGUCCUCCUCUUUGCAGAAAAGCAGAAACCAAGCCAGGAAAGACUGAAACUCAGCAGCUGGAGGAUGAGCUCCAACUUAUUGGGCAAAAGAUGCAGUAUUACUACAGCCAGCAGCAGGAACUGAAGUUUUAUCAGCGACAGGAGCGGCUUCUUAGCAAGUGGCUGGAAUUGAGAGGAGUUGGGGAACCCACCGAUGCGCAGGAAAUCCGUGAGAAGCUGGGCCAGCUGAAGGUGCAGAUUGCCUCCCUCGUAAGCACGUUGGAAGGAGAGCGGCAGCCGAUGCAGAAAUACAUGAGCCGCGUCCAGGACAUCCGAGCUGCUCUGAAGACCUAGGCAAUGGCAUCCCCACCUCCUGUCUAGGUGAGGACUUGCUCUCCGCCCUUCCUUCUGCCUGGCCGGAGAAGCUGCGCCCACCAGCUUAGAUUGUCCCGCCCAUUCAUCGAAGGACCCUCAAACUGAACCACCCCAGGAAGGAAAGAGGGGACUUGCUUUUAAGAACGCAUCGAGAGUAUUUUCCAAAAUUAAAACACUUUAAAAGUCAAA